GGAAUUUUUUUAUCAUACUUCUUCCUCUGUUGGAGUUCCCAGAGUACUUCCUGAAAAUGGAGGGAUAUAAAGUCACACACUGACCUACUUGAAGAGCAGAGGAGGAGCAUAUCAGACCUCGGAACAACUGCCAACUCUGGAACGUCUGGACUAAAGGAUGUUGCCAAGUAUCUGUACAUUGAUGCUACUGGUGGCCUCAGCUGUGGGUUUGCCGCUGGAUGAAGCUGCUCUAGAUGCCCAGUGGAAACAAUGGAAGAUCAAAUACAGGAAAGAAUAUAAUGGCCUGGAUGAAGAGGGGAUCCGCAAGGCUGUCUGGCAGAAGAACAUGCUCAUGAUCGAAGCUCACAAUCUGGAAGCGGCACUGGGAAUGCACUCCUAUGAGUUGGGGAUGAACCAUCUGGGAGAUAUGACGUCAGAAGAAGUGGUGGAGAAGAUGACGGGCCUGCUGAUCCCAACCAACCCUGAGAGUGGCCUCAACACCAUGCAUAUCAACACUACAGUGCAGAAGCUGCCCAAGUCUAUCGACUACAGAAAGAAGGGCUUGGUGACCUCAGUGAAGGACCAGGGUUCCUGUGGUUCCUGUUGGGCAUUCAGCUCAGCUGGGGCGCUCGAGGGGCAAUUAGCCAAGAAGAAGGGCAAACUAGUGGACCUUAGUCCUCAGAACCUGGUGGAUUGUGUCAAAGAGAAUGAUGGCUGUGGGGGAGGAUACAUGACCAAUGCCUUCAAGUAUGUGCAAGUGAACAGAGGGAUUGAUUCUGACAAGGCUUACCCCUACGUUGGAAAGGACGAGACAUGUCACUACAAUGCUUCAGCCAUGGCAGCUCAGUGCAAAGGCUACAAGGAGAUCGCAAAGGGUGACGAGCAUGCCCUGGCUGUGGCAUUGAUCAAAGUGGGUCCUAUAUCUGUGGGCAUCGACGCCAUGCAGAGCAGUUUCCAGUUCUACCAGAAAGGUGUUUACUACGACCCUCAAUGCAACAAAGAAGACAUCAAUCACGCUGUGCUGGCAGUGGGCUAUGGUGUGACCAGCAAGGGGAAGAAAUACUGGAUUGUCAAGAACAGCUGGAGCGAGACCUGGGGUCAAAAGGGUUACGUCCUGAUGGCACGUAACCGUGACAACCUGUGCGGCAUCGCCAACCUUGCCAGCUACCCUCUGAUGUGAGAGUGCAGAAGGACUUCAGGAUGACUGCAAACAACAAAAUGCAUUCAGAGUUCCAAAACGAAGGAAACUAAACUGUCAUUUAUAUAGUAUCACAGGUUAGAUUUUGUUUUACACUUUAAUGCAUAAAAUUUUAGAAAAUUACAUUUGCAUAAAACAACCUGGAGGUAAUGGGUUCACUUAUCUCUCUCUUUCUUUCAUCUAAUGAACAAUCCCAAACAUAUUUUUAACUGAUUUAAAAAGAAAAAGUUACUUUUAUUGAAACAUAUUGAGUCUCUGGGUGAAAUGUCUUCCAUGAUUCCUUUUACCAGUAAACUUUACAUCUCCUAAAAAAGAUGUUACUUUGUAACAUUGUAUAAAAGGUACAACUAAAAAGAUCACAGUGUAAAACAACAAAAGGCAAAUAACUUUGGAGAGUUAAAAAAAAAACUGAUUAAAGAAAAUGGUUUUGUUUGCAUUUAUUUCUGCCCAUAUAUUAAAUAAAAUAUAGGGGUAACAACAAUUUUCUCCAUGUGUGUAUAUUGUUGAACUGCUGUGAAAUCAUGCAGACAAAAUCAUUUAAAUUGGAAUGAGGCUUUUGGAAUCAACUUCUUCCAGUUCCAAAAUGUUUAAAAAUGUAAAGUCUUUGAUAAACAUAUCCUCACAACUGAUGGCGAGGUUUGUGAUAUCAAAUGGUUUUAAGCACUUUGAUCCCUCAACUUUUCCAGUAUUUUUUUUUUUCUUCUCUCCCUCUAAAAGCAGUGGAGUCUGAUUGUUACAACCACUUGUCAAGCUGUAAUCAGAGAGUGGAUGUAGUCUUUAAUAACACUUAAACAGUUGAAUUCUUAUUUAGUUUGAAAAGCACAGAACACGGCAGGUCAAAAAGCCACUCGGCCUUGCCAACAUUUCACAGAUGCUGCUUUUGCUGUGUUGUAACAGUGUUGUAAAGGUGAGUUUGUGUGAGUACAAACAGAUUGUAAAUUUGUUGUGACAGAAAACAUUGCUGGCUAAUGAAAGACACUUUGUUCUGUUGGUGCUCCUAUAAAAGCGUGACCAUUGAUGAUGUUAAAUUGUUUUGGGGGUUUUAUCAAUGUUCUGCUCAGCACUUUUCAGAUUAUUGAAGUGAAAAUUGUUGUAAUACUCUUUGAAAUGAAUAAAGGUUUCUUUUUUGAAGC